UGCAUGGCUGGCUGUGUGAAUAAUGUUGUGCGCCUCUGCUUGGCGUCCUUGCGUUUCAGAUCUGAUUGACCUGUGUGAUGAGAAGGGGAUUCUGAAGCUGCUCUUCCUCUACAGAACCCCCCUGGAGAGUGCCAGCCGACUGCUCUACACCCGGGGCACUUACAUCGUGUGCCGAGUCAACCAGAACAAAGCAGACAGAGGCUACACAUCCAUUACCCCGAUCCUGACCAGCCCUGAGACAGAAAUGCAAGAGUUGCUGCAGGCCCAGGUUGGGAAUCUGGAGAAGGCCCGUCUGAAGCAGCACCAGGCCCGGGUUCAGGAGAGGAGGCUGCAGCUGGUGAGCGACGGCGUUGUGCCCGCUGCUCAAUCCAGCUCGACGAUGAGAGGCAAAGCGGGAGGGAAAGCCGGGCAUGUGAACUUGGAAAUCCUGGAAGAGGAGCCCUUGAGGAAGACUGUGGGGAAGAAGACACUGAAGGGAUCAUUAUAAUCACAGUAAAAUACUGCAGCAGGAAUAAUUACUGGGACUCUGGAAUGGAGAGCAGCUGGAAGGAGGCUGUUUACCAGCAUGCAGC